AUGGAAGUCAUAGAAAUAUUAUCCGAUUCGGAAAAUUCUCAUUCUUCUAACGAUAUCAAAAAUUCAGUUACAUCUGCUAAUAACGAAAAUGAUGUUUUCUUAGUUGAUUGGAACGAUGAAGUUUAUCCUCCAACAGAUUAUCCAAUUAAUGAAGAACCUUUUGAGAACGAAGGUUUAGUAAAUUCUAAGGAAACUGAUGGAAAUGCUGCUUCUUCAACAAAAGAAAAUGAUUUUUUAUCAAAAAAUUUCAAUUUUCCUCAGAAAGAUCUACUUUCUACUUCCAAUUAUGAUGUCAGUGACGUCAGCGACACUUCAAAUUUAUCUGUUUCGCCUCUGAAAUCAAAUUCGUUAAAAAAUUUAUUGCAAAAAAGUCCUAAAGAAAAAAGAAUUAAAAAUAAACUUUCGCAAGAAGAAAAACAAUUAGCAAAAGAUUUAAAAGAGCAAAAAAAACAAGAGAGGGAAAAAUUGAAAGAAGUUAAAAAAGCAGAGCAAUUAAGGCAAAAAAAUGUCAAAGCUAUUUUAAUUGAAAAUCAAAGAAAUCUUAAACCCGAGGAAAAUAUAAAAUUUUUAAAAGUUCACAUAGACAAUGAAAUUGUUAAUUUGAAUUUGGGUGGUAACAUAAUUACUCUAUUACAGCAAAAUGAUAUACAAUAUACUGUUCAAAGUCAAAUUAAAAGUCAUGUCAUUACUUGGAGUAAAAAAAAAAUUCACAAAGAAUUAAACGAUUUCGGAGAGUUUAUUGAAAAAAUUGAAUAUAAAGAUGAAACUGAAUUGCUUUAUGUAAUCGAUUGGAAAAAAACAAUUAAUCUCAUAAAUGAUGAUGAAUUGCUAAGUCACUUGGAAACCAUAAGAACUGCAUACAUAGAGAAAAAAAUCACAUUGGUCAUUUGCGGUUUACAAAAAUAUUUUGAAUUUUGGAAAAAUAAAAAAAAUAACGAUUCAAAAGGUAAAGGUAACAAACUAACAGAAUUAGAAAGAAUGUAUAAAGAAUCUCCUUUAGUCACUAAAGAUCAAUUAGAAUUUGCAUUAUGCGAUUUGCAAUUAUUAGGAAAGCAUAAUUGCAGACUUUUAGAAAAACCUGAAGAAUUAUCAGCUUUGGUUUUAAACAUAACAAAAUCAUUAUCACAAAUCGAUUAUAAAAUAGAUAAACAAAAAAGGCAAGAAGAUGAUUUUGAAUGGUUUGCAAAAGGUGAUUUUUCUCAAACAGUUAAAAUCGAUAAAAAUGGUAAUGGAUUAAUCAAUUUAUGGCAACAACAAAUAUGUCAAUUUAGCACGGUAGGCGUCGAUACGGCACAAGCUAUUGUCAGCCAAUACAAAUCUCCACUUGCUUUAGUUAAAAAAUAUAAAAGUUGCUUGAAUUCUGAAGAAGAGAUUUUGGUUUGUUGUCUUCGAAUAGAAGACUUGGACCUCAGCUGA